UUUGUGUCUUUCACAGGGAGAAUGCCAGCUAAAACCAUGAGCUCAGAUCUGGAGUUCGACUCCUUGCAGCCGUGUUUCUACCCGGACGAGGAUGACUUUUACUUCUGCAGACCAGACGCCGCACCGCCUGGUGAGGACAUCUGGAAGAAAUUCGAGCUGCUGCCCACUCCUCCUCUGUCCCCGAGCCGGGCAGCGCUUCCAGGGGACCCGGGGGAGCUGGGCGCGGUGGCUGGGGAUUGCUCGCUGAUGGGCUUUGGAUUAACCGACCCGUUGGACUGGGCAUCCGAGCUUCUGCUUUUACCGGGAGACGACAUUUGGGGGGCGUCGGAUGGGGACCUCUUCGGCUCCGUUUUGGAUACUACGGACAAUUCCAUCAUCAUUCAGGACUGCAUGUGGAGCGGCUUCUCGGCGCGAGAGAAGCUGGAGCGGGUUGUAAAUGAGAAACUCGGCAAAGUCGUUCCUACUCCAAACUGUACUGAAGCCUGUAAAGACACGACAGUCAAAGCGCCCGAAGUGAGCCACUCUAUACCGGAGUGUGUGGACCCUACCGUGGUUUUCCCUUAUCCAGUCAACAAAAGAAACGGGAGCAGCAGCAGCAGCAGCCAAAGUGUGACACAACUGAGGAGCCAACAAUUGCCUCAAGUCAGUGCAGGCGAGACUCCGAGCGACUCUGAUGAUGAUGAGGAUGAUGACGAAGAUGAGGAUGAUGAGGAAGAAGAUGAUGAGGAAGAAGAAGAAGAAGACGAUGAAGAAGAGGAAGAGAUUGAUGUCGUCACGGUGGAGAAGAGGCGUUCCAUCACCAGCAGGACAACCAGCACUGGACUGUCUGCUGUCUCCAACUCUCAGGCAGGAGGGCGACUGGGCUCAGGGGUGAGCAAAGCACCGCAGGAACUCAUUCUGAAGAGGACAGCAACAGCCUCCAUCCACCAGCAGCAACAUAACUACGCAGCCCCAUCCCCUUACUCCGAACAGCAAGACGUUGCCAGCGUUCCUCCAAGCAAGAAACUCAGAAUCGACAGCAGCACUAUAACUCUACGCACUGGCAGGAACCAGAGCUCUUCUCCAAACUCCCCUACCAACAGCGUACCAAGUCAGCGCUUGAGGAAGAGUGAUUCCAGCAGCCCACGAUGCUCCGACUCGGAAGACAGCGAACGCAGACGUAACCACAACAUCCUGGAACGUCAGCGGCGCAACGACCUGCGCUCAAGCUUCCUCACUCUGCGCGAUCAGGUGCCUGAGCUCGCACACAACGACAAGGCGGCAAAGGUGGUCAUCCUAAAGAAGGCAACUGACUACGUCAGCUCGCUGGAGGCUCAGGAGCUCCGACUUCAGCAGGAGAAAGACAGAUUGCAGGCCAAACGACAACAGCUCCUCCGCAGGCUAGAGCAGGCCAGGACUCGCUAACCCCUAACGCUCAUUGGCUGAAUAGCUCACAGCUAAUUGUCGACAUCAAAUGACAAAUGGCGAAAGGCUACGGCUAACAGCCGAAAAAAAAUUCUAGGGACACUCACUGCUGACACUUUUUUGCACAUUUUUUGACGUCAAGAAUGUUUCAGGUUUACUUUGUCACCCCAAUCACGCAACAACGCUGAGGGAAGGUGCUUACCUGUAAAACCAACUUCCCCUCAAUGAACACAGCUAGUCUUCAAUACGCGAUUGGGUCGACGAACUUUGUUCACGCUCUUCCUGCAAAAUAGACACUAAACAAAUGACACGAGACACUUCGAAUGGCUAUAAUCUCUCACACCUCACUGGUGCUGAAUCUCAUGGAUGUACCUCUGCGCACCUUGAUGUCAGACACUUUUGUAAAUAGAUUUAGAUUUUAAGAGAACGUACACUCAAGUCUGCCUUGUUUUUGUAUACAAUUAUUGUCUUUUGGUUUUUAUAAAGAUGUCAAAAGCUGCCAAUAACUAGACUGGAAGUUUAUAUACCUUUAACAAGUACUGUAAGGCCUCGAUUUUAGAGGAUUUUUGUAAAAUAAGGAAACAUUGUUUUGUUUUUGGAUUCCUUUGUCUUAUAAUCUCUCUGUUAUGACAUGCUUUACUAAUUCUUACAUUUAUGCUUUAGUGUGCUUCUGAUACAUACUAAAUUUGAUACUUAUAUUUUCGUAUGAAAAUGAGUUCUGAGUAGAUAUCACUUUAUCUUCUUUUUAUCCUUUUUUCUACCUUCUUUUGUACAGAAAAUUCUUUCUAUCUCCAUUUAUAAGGCUUCUAUUCUUUGUUCUUUGUUUAUAUAUUUGUAAGUAUUGGGUUCAUAGAACUGGGUCAAUGGGAAAAAAGUGUUUUUUUCUCCUUUUCUAUAAUGUACAUUUUAGUGCUGCGACUCACAGCACUUUGAAAUACCUCAUUUUGAAAAAUAAAUAGAAAAUUUGAAAACAAAAGAGCUUGUUGUCAAAGGAUGAGUGCUUCUGUUUCACCGCUAGUGUGCUUUGAGUCCUGUCAGAAAUUGAGAAACAAUACACUAAACUACCUUUCAUGCAUGCUUGAAACCCCACUGUGGGCGGCAACGUCCACAUUUCAAGCAGCCCUGAACGACUCGCUAAGUUAUAGCUUUCAAGGGGAUGCGAGUUAUGACUGUGAAAGCAAAAC